AAAUGGUGGAUUGGAAGAUUUUAAGAAGAAGCAGCUGAAACUUUAGGUGAGUUUGGCUGUUGAAAUAAUUCUAUCCAAAAUGGCUGAGAAAGUCGCUCUCGUUGAAAGUUACCUGAGCUGCCAUGUGUGUUCAGAGACUUUCAUAGAUCCUGUGUCUCUGAGCUGCAACCACAGCUUCUGUUCAAGCUGCCUGCAGAAAUUCUGGGAACAAGCAGGAAACAAGAACUGUCCCAAAUGUAAAAGAAAAUCUUCCAAUGAUUGUCCAGGAAUAAACUUCACGCUGAAGGAACUGGCUGACUCUUUUACUGGAAGACAGAAAUCUGGAUCAUCUGAGGUAGAAAAAGGAGAAGAGCAGCUGAUGGUGGUCUGCAGCAAACACCAAGAAGACCCUAAACUGUUCUGUAAAGACGAACAGAGAGCUGUGUGUCCUGUCUGUGAGUUUUCUCUCCACCAAAGUCACAAAGUGGUUCCUAUAGAACAAGCAGUCAGUGAGAUGAAGAAGCAGCUGAAAUCAAACUUAAAGUCUCUGCAGGACAAGAGGAACAAACACAAACAGGUGGAGAAAACAUACGAGGAUGUGAUUCAACACUCCAAGAAGCAGCUGUUGUCCACAGAGAGACAGAUCAGAGCAGAGUUCAACAAGCUCCACCAGUUCCUGAAAGAGGAAGAGGAGUCCAGACUGGCAGCUCUAAGGGAGGAAGAGGAGCAGAAGAGGAAGACUAUCAGCAGAGAGAUGAAGAGGAUCCAGGAGCAGAUCUCCUCUCUGUCAGACAGCAUCUCUGCUGUUGAAGAAGACCUGCAGAAAGACAACGUGUCGUUCCUCAGCAGUUAUAAAGCCACUCAGAGCAGAGCCAGAGGUCAGAGGUCACUGUCAGAUCCACAGCUGGUCUCAGGAGCUCUGAUAGAUGUGGCCAAACACCUGGGCAACCUGUCCUUCAGAGUCUGGGAGAAGAUGAAGAACAAGGUCCACAUCAGUCCUGUCAUUCUGGACCCAAACACUGCAGAUGGAUGGCUCUACCUGUCUGAUGAUCUGACCAGUGUGAGAUGUGGAAACACAGAGCAGCGGCUUCCUGAUAAUCCAGAGAGAAACACUUAUUACACCUCUGUGUUUGGUUCUGAGGGCUUCAGUUCAGGGAAACACAGCUGGGAUGUGGAGGUGGGAGACCAUCCUCGCUGGGUUAUCGGUUAUGUUAAAGAGUCAGUUGACAGAAAGGGAAAGACAUCUGCUUCACCAAAAUCUGGAACCUGGUGUUUACUUCAUCAUGAUGGUAAAUACUCUAAUGGUGCUAAUAAGACUCUCACCGUGAAGAAGAAUCUCCAGAAGAUCAGAGUCCAGCUGGACUACGGCAAGGGGAAGGUGUCCUUCUACAACCCUGAAGACAUGUCUCAAAUCUACACUCACAAGGACACCUUCACUGAGAAACUCUUCCCCUAUUUAGGUGUUGGAAAAGCUGCAGAUGCCAAAACUUCUGAAUUCAAAAUCUGCCAAACUUGAAAUCUAUCAAACUGAGAUUAUUUUUUAAAGUUUCUGUUUUUCAAUUCUCUUAAUUUGUGUUUUUAUAUAAUUGUAUAUUUAUUCCGGUCAGAGCAACUUCCCUUUUAAAUUCUUCAUAAACACAUUUAAUUUUCAAAGUUUUAAAGCUUUGUUUGAAAUUAUCAAUAGAAAAUGACAUCUAAAACAUAAUAUGACAAUCAUAAUAGCUUGAUAUCAUCUGAGAAAUUAGUUUAUUUUACUUUUGUGAAACCAGUUUAUAAAAUAUACAUUCAUGAAUGUUUUGACUUUAGUGUUUUUCUGUAAUCAGAAAUGUAGAAAAUUGUUAGGUUAUUGUUUUUCAAACUGAAUCAAAUAUUUCAUCAUCAUAAGUCUUUCUACAAUAAUCUCUUAACAUCAUUGGACAUCUCUUUAUGUUCUAAAGAUUUGAGAAUUAUUAUAUUUAGUUUGUUCCUAACUCUGUUUUGUAAACACUUUUAACGCAAGCUCUGAUUUCUUAACUGGUUAAUCUUUUUAGUCUUGUUUUUAACUAUUGUAAUGAUUCAGUUUAGCAGGAAAACUCUUAAAAUAAAUCUUUAGAUCCAGUUUUCUGCUCAUCGAUAAUUUGUUUUCUUUUCCUCAAUGUAAAAGUUAUUUCCAUGAUAUU